AUGACUGAAAGGAACGCAUCGGGCGUCGGUUCCGACAGGACUGCAUCUGCUAAGUCCAGGGCCGGUGACGCAGCAAAGGAUGCGCGCGCAAAAGAAUCGCAAACAUUAUCUGCCAAGGCUGAGACUGGCUCUGGCAGUCACUCCAGUCCCAAAAAGCGCCGCAAGGUCAAUCACGGUAAGCUAUCCAUCGCGGAACCUGCGAAGCGUGCUCGAAGCGACCAAGACCAUUCUGCCGCAGACGAAGAAGGAUCGUCCAACAAUGAGCUGGGCAACGUUCAAAGUAUGCCUCGGAAUGUCGACGUCCCGGAUGCUGCCGGUCAGCAAAUUCUCCCCGACGGGACAAUUGGAAUCCCCCCUUCUUCGGUGCAGCCAGCAAACAUUUCUUCGUCUGGCCAGGGCCUUGAUGCCAAUCCCCAGCAGUUGAUGCCCUACAACGACUGGAUGGGUGGACAGAAUCAAUUUCAGGACAUGCACUCUCUUCAUCCGUCGUACAUGUUCAAUGCCCCUGAGGUUACGAACGAGUAUAACUUGCUCGGAGACUUCCUCAGCAACAGUUUGUUGGAUGAUGGGACGAUGUUCCAAAAUCAGGAUAACACUCAAGGGAUAUACACUGAUCCAACGUUGAUGAACUCGAUGAACUCGAUGAACAUGCCAAAUGGACUCUCAUUAACGACGCAGCUUCCACCCCCAGCAGUACCCCAAGGAGACUCCAUUCAACGAUCGACUACCAAUGCCGUGGUAAAUGAUAAAGCUCGUGAGACAUACUAUAUGACCGCAGCUGAUCCAUCCGGAUCGGACCCACCAGAGGAGCGCAUGAACAAGCUUCUCAAAGCCAAGUAUGAUGCUGGCCUAUUGAAGCCCUUCAACUACGUCAAAGGCUAUGCUCGACUCAACCAGUAUAUGGAAAAGAACAUGCAACAAAUCUCUAGGCAAAAGAUUCUUCGACAACUCGACAAGUUCCGACCGAAGUUCCGAGAGCGCAUGCAGAGCUUGACAGAUAUUGAGCUGAUUCUGGUGGAGAUGUGGUUCGAAAGAAGUUUAAUGGAGUAUGACCGCGUUUUCGCCAGUAUGGCUAUCCCUGCCUGUUGCUGGCGACGAACUGGCGAGAUCUUCCGUGGCAAUAACGAGAUGGCACAGUUGAUCGAUGUGCCGAUAGAGAGUCUUCGAGAUGGAAAACUUGCCAUUCACGAGAUCAUUGUCGAAGACCAGUUGGUCAGUUACUGGGAGAAGUUUGGAGCCAUUGCGUUUGACAAUACCCAGAAAGCAAUGCUUACCAGCUGCACCCUGAAAAAUCCUAGUGGAUCUGGAGAAGGAAUCCAAUGCUGCUUCUCAUUUACUAUUCGCCGGGAUAAUCACAACAUUCCCUCUCUCAUCGUUGGAAACUUCCUUCCUACACAACGGAUACACAAGUAA